AUGUCAACCAACAAUCAGAGAAAUAGUAGUGGCAGUUUCUCAUUGUUUCCUUCAUCAUCGGCUACAGUGGUGGUGGUGAUUGCAAGCAUUUUACUCUUCUUCCAAUGUUUUACAAUUCUUGGUCAACAAGCUAAACCUGAUGGAUCAAAAUUGAAACUCUUCACCUCCUAUCACACUGCUUCUCUCGGAGCUGGAGCUCUCUUAUACAAACAAUUUUCAUCUGGAGUUUAUUUAACAUAUGAAGCAGAAUGUUCAACUAGACCUUGUGAUGUUCUCUUGAUCAAGUCAACUGAAGAAUUCUAUCAAUGGAGAAGUAAUUAUUACAAUGAAACAUUUACUGUUCCUGGACAUAUCAAUUAUGCAACAAGUUAUGUGGCCAAGGAAAAUUAUCCAACUACAACCAAUGUUGUUUUGGUGAUUGCCAAUCCAAAGAAUGCUUCUUCCAAAUCAGAUAUUUGGUACAAUUACAAAACAGCUGAUAUUCCAGGAUCUAAUGGAGGAAUGAUUGCUGCCAUUAUCGUUGGUGUUUUGGGAGCUUUAUGUUUGUGUUUGUGCUGUGUUGGUGUCUUGUUAUGGUUGUGCAGAUUGAGAGCCAAUCCAAAGGAUUACAUUCCACAACAAGAUUUACCAAGAGAAUUUUAA